AUGGCUCCCACUCAGGACCUUGGUUCCGUCAGCGGUUCCUUUACCGAGACACACAGAUUAUUCACACGCGCUGAUUCGAAAGACCCGUCCAGAGGUGUUCUCGACCCUCACGAUAUAAACAACGCCGGAUUCUUCGUCCUCUUCGCUCUCAUCGGUGUUGCCUUUGUUGUCACGGGCAUUUGGUUCUUUUUCUGGGCGAAGAAUGGAGGUUUCCACUUCAGGGAAACCGACUGGGAUGAUUACAAGACUACCGUUCUUAGGCGCCGCGGCCCCAACGGCACUGUGCUCUCCGGGGCAACGGAGAGUACAGAUCUCGGCGGCGGCAGCGUGUACAAGGACGUUGCGGACCACGAUGCAAGAACUGUGGACUACGAUGGAAGAACUGCAGACUACGAUGGAAGAACUGUCAUCACAGAAAGCACGGGCAUGACCGGAAUCACUGCAGGAGCAAGUGACAUCGGGGCCCGUGAGAAGAGAAAGAAGAAGAAGGAGCAGCGCGACCAGGAGCGUGAGCGCCGCCGCAAGGAACGAGGCGACAAGUCUAGCAGCCGUCGACACGUCGGAGAGGAAGGUGUUGAAGAUGCCGAAGCCGAGGCCAAGGCCAAGGCCGAACUUCGCAACUACCGCCAUGAGAAGCCGGCCCGCGUCGGUGGCCUGAACAAGGUGCCUGAAGGCUCCGAGUGGGACGGCUCAACCAAUCCAGCUGAUUCUACGAUUUCUUCCAGUCUCCUGUCAGGCCGUGAGAGUACCCCAACCAGCACACCCACCAAGGAGAAACGGGGUAUCCGCAAGGUCUACUCUACGGCGGACCGCAACGACCGCAACGAACAGCAGCGUGUUCGAGCUGAGGCGCGACGUGAGCGAGAUGAAAACCGGGUUGCCAGACGUGAUUUCAGUUUCCAGCGCUCCGUGGUCGGUAGUGAGAGUCAGGCGGCUGAGAGUUUGCUCGAGUCGAACAGCGACCUCGGGACCAAGAGCUACCAUCACCCUAUGCCUGAGCUGAGACAGCAGCAGCGGGAGAGGGAGAGGGAGGAAAGGAGGGCAAGGCGAGGCGGCUACCGCCGUGGUCGUGGCGAGGAUGAGGACCUGUAA